CGGCCAGCCGUGCCAAGCGCGCAACGCCAGCAAGCGCCGCUGGGCGCCGGCUCUUGGGCGGGACGUGGCACCGGGCGGAGGCGGGCGCUGCUGCUGCUGCUGCUGCGUGCAUGGAGCAGAGGCUGGCCGAGUUCCGGGCUGCCCGCCGCGGCACCCGCCACACCGCUCCCUCGGCAAAGCCCCCAGAAAAGGCGGCGGAGGCGGCGAAGGAGCAGGCCCAAGCCCGGCCCCCGCUGCCGAGUGAGGAAUCCAGUCAAAGGCCAGAAAGGCCCCAAACUGAAGCUGUUACAUGCCCUGCACCAUGGUGGACCAGUUGCUUUCUUCUGAAUGUCACCUUUCUCAAGUUUCUCAUCUGGCUUGUCUUACUGGGACUGUUUGUGGAACUAGAGUUUGGUUUGCCUUAUUUUGUCCUGUCUAUGUUUUACUGGAUCUAUGUAGGAACCCGCGGUCCUGGAGAAAGACAGACUGGAGAAAGAAGUGCCUAUUCUGUCUUUAACCCAGGAUGUGAAGCGAUUGAUGGAACACUUACAGCAGAACAGUUUGAGAGAGAACUACAGUAUCGGCCCUUAGCCCAGAGGUAACCAGUGCCUAUACCAGUAUCACUAGGUCUAUCCUCUCCACUUGAGCAAAAUGGGAACUGUUUCCUGUGAGAUUUUUCAUCUUUAGAAAUGUUUACAAUAUUGUAAUUAAAGAGUUGAGCUGCAGUUACUGUUUCUUAUAUAAUAAACAACUAAAGACAGGAUAUUAAACAUACAUAUUCAGCCUCCCCCCCCCCAAAAAAGGCUCCUGUUCUAGGCUAUAUGGUUCUCACCAUUGAAGCUGUUAUUUUCAUAGACAUCCCUUUCAAAUGGGAUGUCAAAUAUCUUGGCCAGCUUUAUAUUAAAAGAUCCAGGAAUGCAUGUACAAAUAUGCAUAUAUAUUUAGACCAAUGCCAAACAUUAAUAUAUACACCUAUUCUUUUCCUUGGGGUUUCUCUCCUCACCUAAGUUGAAUUUGGAGACCUCAACAGAACCAGUUGGAGGGGCAGGGGGACCUUGCCUUUCAUUGAGCAAUAACCUCCAAGUCUGCUUAUAACUUCUUUUAAAAAUUUGAUCCACUCCAGUGUCAAAAGCAGAAGAGCCACAUUUGUGGAAAGGAUAAUGUGACAAUAUAUAUAUAUUAGGUUUGUAUUUCUACUGUAUGUGUGUUUGAUUAAUGCUCAUUGAACUGAAAAUUUGGAUCUACACCCCACUUUUAACAAAAGUCAGCUUGCACAAAAAGUCAAACUGUACUAACACCACCACAUAUGAACAAAACAGCUGCACUAAAUUGGCAAGGGAAAAACAGCAGAUAUCAUUUGCAGAAGUGGUAGAGCUAUGUACCACCAGCAUACAGAUGACAUCUCAGCUCAAACUUCCGCAUUCCCAGUGCGGGAAUUUAAGGCACUUGCCUGGAAGCAAGUGAUAUUGAACAUUCAUAGGAUUGUGCUUCAAAUCACCUCCUAAUAGGUCAAUAGUAAGGUGUGAUUAAUAAACUAACAAAAUAUGAGAAUGUGUUACAAAGGCUUGGAAAAGGCAAACAGAUUUUACUGGUGUGUUGUAUCGGGUGUUGCUUGCAGAAAGCCACAUAUUUUACUUUUUGAAAACUAGCAGGUUGACCAGUCUACCAGCUGAGGUACAGUAUGUUUUAAAUGAAUUUAGUACCUUUUAGCAGACAAUGUCUAAACACAUAGCAUACUGUUAAAAUGGAUUCCAUCAGCAUGGUUGGAGUGUUAACUCCUGUCCCUCAGAAGAGUAGCUCCGCUACUCUAAUUCCCCGGGACCCUGGAUGUUGGAUAUGGAUGAAGAGAAAUUCCCCAGGCCAGAUUACUUGUGUGCAGUUCUGCAGGCAGAUUCCCCACUCCCAUACUUGGGGGCCAUAGGAUAGUGGUGCCAUCUGAGUCAGUAGAGACUAUUAAAGCCUAUUUUCAACUCUUAUUGAAUUUAUUACAUUUCACUGUUCAAGUGUGUGUUUGUGUUUACAAUGUCAGGCACCUGAUUUGAUUCCAUAAAGAUCAGCAUUAUCUUGUAUUAAGGAUACAAGAGAUGCUAGGUGUGCACAUUUUA